AUGGCAAUGGUAAUCAUCAAUACAACAUCUUCAGUUACGGACAAUAACACCACCGUUGAAAUGGCGACCGCUAGUCCGUCCCUCUAUCCGUACGAGGCCCGCAUCGGAGUUUCUUGUGUAUGGGUAGCAGCUGCGGUUCUGGGACUGGUGGGGAACAGCCUCGUGAUCUUGUCGGUCAUCGUGUCCAAGAAGCUCCGCACCGUGACCAACGCCUUCGUGGUCAACCUUAGCAUGGCCGAUUUCUGGACCAGUCUGUCUUAUCCGUGGCAGGUUGUGGCCAUACUCAGCCCCGGUGCCUGGCCGUUAUCCACCGAGGUUCCGUGCUACAUCGCCGCUGUGCAGUUUUACACCGGUCUGGGUGCGAGCAUUUACUCACUGUCAGCCAUAGCGUUCAAUCGCUUCAUGCUUAUCACCCGGACCACCACAACAUACAGGCGUUGGUACUCCCCGGGGAAAGUCUCCUUCAUGAUCGCCUUGACCUGGGUCAUUCCAUCAGUUGUCUUCUUCUUGCCACCAAUUAUUGGUAUCGGCACGUUUGGUUAUGAUCCUACAGACAACACAUGCUCCGACAAGGAUGGACACGCCCGUGGCUCAGACUACAAUCUGGCUCAAUCUCUUGGCCUGUACCCCAUCCCCAUGCUUGUCAUCGUCAGUUCGUACUUUGCACUGUACAUCCAUCUCAAACGUCACUUCAGGAAGCAGAAGAGGAGACACACACGAUACGAUAACCGGCCUCAGAACGAUGAAUCAGGAGUUGCGGUGUCGACAGUCAGUUUUACCAUUGUGACCGAGUCCACCUCCAUGGCCACCCUUGAUAUGGCCAGAAUGAAACAGCGCACAAUCAGCCGUCAGCAGCUGGCGAUCACCAAGAACCUCUUCAUGGUCUUCUGUGUCUUUUUCUUCUUGAUCUCACCUUAUUUCAUCUCCCUGGCCGUGCCAUCAAGUCGCAAGUUCGCUCUCUACGGAGCAACCAUCAGCAUCUUGAACAGCUGCGUGAACCCCAUCAUCUACACGGUCAACCAUCCUCACUUCAAGGGGGUGCUCCGGAGCAUCCUUCGGUGCAGCUACUCGCAGAUACCCGAGCCGUCCGACUGGUUGAAAUCUGUCCUGUCUCGGAACCGAUAG